UCAGAUUAGAUCAGAUUUAAACAGAUCGGACUAGAUAAGACUUAAACAGACUUGCAUACCAGAGCAGACCAGACUUCCAUAAUUGUAAAAUACACGAAAAUCAAAUAUUUAAAUACCAAAUCAGUUCAGACCAAAUCAGAUCAAACUUAAACAAACCACAACAAACCCACUCUUAAAUCAACUAGUCCGUGUAGUACGAGACGCACCAACUGUCGUUGACCUCAAAACCUUGGGAAGAAUACUUGAGGCGACGACAUCUCACCAUAAGAAGACCGUACGUUGACUUCUCAUCCAACCUGGCCAUAAACUUCACCUCUAAGCGCGCGAAGAUCUUAUGGUCGAACGUGCUAUACCCCGACUUCCCUGUCUUGAAGAACUCGGAGUUGCCGGCGUCAAGAGGCGCGUCUUGUGCAUGAAGGCCGAAGGUGAUCACAUUGUCGGAGCUCCGGGGAGGCUGCGGGGACGGGACGGGCAACGUGGUGGACGACGCCACCAGCGUCGGCAGCUCCGCUUCUCUUUCGAAAUAGAGUGCGGUUGCUUCCGUGGAGUUGGUGAAGUCAACGGUUUUGUUUUUGUUGGAGUUGACGGCUUUGAGGGUGAAGCUGAAGUCGGCGGUGAGGUGGUCGUCUCUAUAAGCGGUGUUUGUCAUCGCCGCAUUCACGACGGAGUAAACCGGUUUGAUUGGGCCGGGCCGCGAGUGCGCUAUGUUGAUGGCCCAAAAAAUAAUAGUAGAUACAAUAACGGCAACCACUAUAAAACAGACGGCAACCGCACAUAAUAAGGUUUUUGCCGAACACCUCGUUGCCAUCACCCUGGCGUAUAGUCGCAAGUCGAUCAAGACCUCCGCGCCGACGAGGGGGUUUGUAGAUAUAUAAAUAUAUGAGGAUGAG